AGAUGAGUGCCGAGACCACGUACCAGUAGUCGGUUCCAUGAGCUGACGGCUUUUCUAUCACCAUCUUCUUCCCAACCAAAUUUCAGGUUAAAAGUUGCUAAUGAGUGGAGAAAUAGAGCUAGAAGCAAGGGGUUCAGGAAACCCUAGCGAUACAGAUCCUCUACUUCAGAAUCACCAAAAUGCUGGUUCUGGUUCAGCGGCGGCCGCCUCGGGCUAUAGUGAAAUAACGAAUGAAGAUGUUGAAGCUGGAUCGAUAGCCACUUGUCGUAUUUGUCUUGAAUGCGACGGGGAGGAAGAUGACGAUCUGAUAUCUCCAUGCAUGUGCAAAGGCACCCAGCAGUUUGUGCAUCGUGGAUGCCUUGACCAUUGGCGAUCUGUCAAGGAAGGGUUUGCCUUUUCACAUUGCAUGACUUGCAAAGCUCAAUUUCAUCUUCAAGUUGUUGAGUUAAAAGACAACUCCUGGCGCAAAAUAAAAUUCAGGCUAUUUGUUGCCAGGGAUGUUUUCCUUGUAUUUCUGGCCGUACAAACGGUGAUUGGGCUGAUGGGAGGUCUUUCAUAUAUUGCUGAUAAAGAUGGCUCUUUCAGAACUUCUUUUAGUGACAGCUGGGACCGUAUAUUGUCGACGCAUCCUAUACCAUUCUACUACUGUAUAGGGGUCCUCUUCUUCUUUGUGUUGCUUGGCUUUUUUGGGCUCAUACUACAUUGUUCAUCUCUCAAUAGCGAUCCUAGAAUGGCUGGCUGUCAGAACUGUUGUUUCGGGUGGGGAAUAUUGGACUGUUUUCCUGCCUCGAUGGAAGCGUGCUUUGCUCUGGUUAUCGUUUUUGUCGUUAUAUUUGUCAUUCUUGGUAUCGCUUAUGGCUUUCUUGCUGCUACCAUGGCUAUCCAAAGGAUUUGGCAGAGACACUACCACAUCCUCACCAAAAGAGAACUUACCCAGGAGUAUGUGGUGGAGGAUCUUCAUGGGCAUUACACCCCUCCUAAACUGGAUCCAGAACAUGCGGACCGCCUAAGGAUGCUUAAGCUUUUGUAAGUCUUUCAUAGAAAUGAAUACCAGACGCCUGAGAUGAUAGUAAUAAUAAUAAUAGUAGCCUUUGUUUCUUCUAGGUUAAAAACCUUCAACUGCUGCUUGUAUCAAGUUCUAUAAGUAACAAAGAAUCGUAAAAGGAAUGCACC